CGAAACUUCCCACCAACGUUUCGCCUUGCUAAAGUAAAAUGUAGUAGAUUUGCGAUAAGUUUCAAUUUGCAAGGACUUCGUUCUCUACCGUAUACCGUAAAAUUGGAUUAAACGCAUUAAUGUGAAUUAGCAAAAAUGUUCCCUGGGAGUAAAGUUUCAAACGACAACGGCUUUUGGCCAUGCAUCGGAAUAACAGCUCUUAACGUCUCCAGCAGAUCCAGCAAGCCACUGGUAAUGCCAGAACUGAAAACCCAGAACCCGUUUACAAGGAACGGACUCCAGGGCUCGGUACCAUCUUCGCCUGAGUCGGAUUGCGAGAAAACACCAGAUGAAUACACGUCUAACCGUAUCUACGACGCCCUGGAAAUGGACACACGAGAGAUUAUUGACAUUUUCUUAAAAAACUUUACUGGAUUGCCUCAUUCUAAACGUGGGAAUAAACAGGUUCUGGAAACGAUGAAUCGGGUUGUGGAAAGUCUUGUGGUGAAGCACGAACUGGCUUACAAAGGUAUGAUCGCACGGCUGAAUCUGGAGCAGAAAGGAGAAGAUGUGAGUUUUGUUAAGACUGUGGCAACAGAACUCUUCAGCGAUGGCAUCACAAACUGGGGUCGCAUUGCCAGCCUGCUUACAUUUGGGGCAAUGGUAUGCAAGCAUCAGAAGGAUAAAGGACUUAGCAAUUGUGUGAGUCUGGUGGGGAAAGAGAUCUCUAACUACCUUCUCACAGCCCAGCGGGACUGGCUGCUCAAAAACAAAGCAUGGGAUGGCUUUGUGGAAUUUUUUCGUGUCCCAGAUACAGAAGGGGCUGUGAGAAACGCAUUGAUGGCCAUUGGUAGUGUGGCUACAUUCGGAGCUGCACUUGCUUAUUUGAUUCGGUGAUUCCAAAUGAACUUUGUGACAGAAGACAAAAAGGAAUCUACCUGAACAAUUUGUUUUUUUUUUUAAAAGUGUACAAGAUGAAUCAGUUUUUCUUUUUUCAAUGUAUAUAUAUAUAUAUAGUUAUUUUUUUUUUUGGAUGUCAAAUGUGUAUAAAAAAGUCAUCUUUUGAGAAAUCGAAAACUAUUUUUUUAUUAAAAAGUGAAAUUGAAAAAUUUCAGAUCUGAAUUGUUGAUCUGCAUGUGCAAUUAACAAUUUCAGUGUCAGUUUUUGUGUGCAGUUUACACAAGAAUCAUGUUAAAUUGUCAGUACACUUCCAGCAGUAUAUUUAUUUAUAUAUGUAUAUAUAAAUUGGGAAUUUUGAAAAAGAUGGCAUGCAUUAAAAUUCACAAAUACUUGUUGCAUCUGCUAUAAAAAGUUGUGUAAUUACCCAUUUUAGUACAACACCUUCACAUUUCCAUAAUGUCCCUUUUUGUUUCAGAAAUAUAGUGCACAUAUAUCCCACACAUGACUUCAGGUGCUGGCUUUAGCUGAUAAGUAAGCUUUAAAGCUUUUAUCUAAAAGCUUAUGGUGGUUUUGUGUUGAGUCCUUGUUUAGGACUAUGAUAGCUAACCGCAAGGCUGCUAAAUGUUUUCAUUACCUGCAGAUGGACCUUUUAGAUACACUGAGAAGUUUGAGAAGUAGUUAUGGUCAUUGACCUUUUUCUGUGAAUAUGCUGUUUUCUAAAAUGCUAAUUAAACCAUUUUUUUUUUGUAAAAUAUUGUUUGUUGAUUAAUCCCUCACCACAGGUCCACGAGUCCAAGGUUUAUGUGCUUUAUUUAGUCCAUUAUUUAUAGCUUCAAAGGUUUUCUAGAUUUUUAUCUAUAUGUUGUAGCUGACUUGUGUAAAUGGCUAAGGAGUUGUCAUUGUGGCCUGUGGAAAUGUUUUGGUAAGUUUGACAGUAUAUAAAAAUAUAUUUUUAUUUUGUCACCCAGAA